UUUUUAUUUUUAUUUAAUUUUCAUUAAUUAUUAUUUAAUAUUUUAGAAAGUAUAGAAACACUGUAUGUAUGAAUGGAAGAGCCACCUGGAGACGUAAGAAGCAUUACAGAAAGGAAUGGGGAGCUGAGGGAACUGAUAAGGUCUCGUGUAACAUCAGAAGUGAUGCAGAAAAAGAUUAAAGAGUGUGUGGAAGAGCUACAAGUACAAGAAAAAAAGAGAAGGAAGAAUCAUGGGGAAGAGGGAGGAAAAGAGAGCAAUAACCUCCUUCGACUGUUAGAAGAAAGAGGACUAGUGGAAGACGUAAUGGCUGGUCUUAAAUUAGGUGGCGAUUUGGGUGGGCGGAGUGGGCCCACAUCUAAGGGGGAAACAUCCUCUUAUGAAGCCAAAUCAAGUAAACACGUUCAGUGUAUUUAUUUCCAAGUUUUGCAAGGACGUGCUUUUGUUGAUCACCUGACCUCCGUGACAGAGCUCCUUUCUCAAGACACGUCAACUUUUACGCUUCACGUCUAUUUCCGUCAUCAAAGGUUUCAAUCGUCGGCAGUCCCUUGCUCAUGUGAGCCUGAGUUUAAGGAAGGGUUUCUGCUUGAACUACCAAAAGAAGGCAAAGACGAUUGGAUCACAUCUCCCGAAUUAAUACACAUCAUAUUAACAAGGACACACCCCAACAGAGAAGGAACGACCAGGGAACUGGUAGGGUCGUACCUUCUUGACUGGCGCUCGGUCCUUGCAUCUCCAAAUAAUAAAAUAAAUAAGUCGUUUGAGUUGAUUGGGCCGAGAGCCGACGGGCGAGUCUCACCUGGUGUCCUUACCCUCCAGUGGGAGCUCUUUCCUCAUGAGCGGAGCGGCCAUGAUAAACUUGUCAUCGAUAAGAAGAUCCUAGAGGCUCAAGUCUCACUUGAGCGACAGAAAGAAACAGAAAGAAAGAGAUUGUUCUUACUCUAUGCCAAGCAAUGGUGGGCAGAGUUUAUAGCUAUAAGAGGACCUUCCUAUGGGCAGAGACUUGUAAAGAUUUUCGCCGAAGACGAGAGAGGGGAUACUCAUUUUGUGUGUCAUUAUGUGUCUCCUGUUAGAGUCCACGAGGGAUUGUUAGAGAGCCCAAGACAUGCCGCAAGGUUUGUGAGUCUUUUCCAGUACCGAGAGACUGUCGGUGUUGGCGGAGAUGAUGGUGCUAGGUUUGAUGGUGCUUGGCAGAGUAUUACUAGUUUCCUUUCAACUAAGAGUGGGUCUUGUGAGGAUCAUUGUGUAUUGUUGUGCAGUCUGCUGUUAGGAUAUGGACUCGAUGCCUAUGUCUGUAUUGGAACAAAGACAAAGUGUCAGUUACCACAUGCUUGGGUGAUGACUAUCAAUGGAAAUGGAUCAGUCAUAUUCUGGGAAUCACUUACUGGCCAGAGGUAUCAUCAGUCAGUCUAUGAUCCAGAUACUCAGGCUGGAACAGUAUUGACUCCGCCAAGUCACCCUUAUCGCACUAUUGGGUGUGUCUUUAAUCACAAAACAUUUUAUGCCAAUGCCCAGUCGUCUGAUAAUGUAUUAACUUGUAACUUUAACAUCAAUAAGAAGAGUCAUUGGAAAAGAUUAAGCAAUGAAGAUGUGGCUACGGUACAGCAGUUGUACAUUCCUCCACUAGUUGACAGUACAGUUGAUCAUCAGUCCACGAGUCUUAGACUAGAAGAAUCACUAAAAUCAUUAGUAGCCCAGCACAGAGUAGAUUGUGGACUCACUACACAAUAUGAUCCUGAUCUAUCUUAUCUCCUUGGUCCUGCACUAUCCUCAUACGAGUUAGAGAGGAGAGAUGGAGUGUCUGUCGGAGUGGAAGAGUUCCAGGAAGGAAUAAGACGCUAUGUCUUGGAAGGUCAUACCUUUAAAGGGUUCCCAAUACAGUUCAAUCAUUUUAAUGCUCACAAUAUCUUUGUCACUUGCCUCAAAUCGCCUGUUGGCGGUGAUAUAAUUGGUUGUCGUGGGGACAGUGUGAGGCUUGCAAUCCGUGUGAAAGUCUAUCCUUAUCCUGAGGAUGUACAAGCUGUUUGGAUAAUGCUAGCAGUUACCUACCAAUCAAUACUCUAAUAAUAAUAAUAAUAAUAAUAAUAAUAAUAAUAAUAUGUAAUAAGUAUUAUUGAAUGAUAAUAAU